CUCAGGCCGCGAUUCAAGAAAAAAAACCCUCGUCCGAAAGAAAUGGCUCCAUCACCCACAAAGCGGAAGGAGGAGGAAAAAACGAAAGACAGAGGUAAAGAAAAGACUGGCACUAAAGAAGGAGACAAAGAACGAGGACGGGAAAAAGUAAGGAAACGUCGCAGCGCUUCAACUGGAAGCAGCAGCAGCAGGUCCAGAUCCAGCUCUACUUCAAGCAGCAGUUCUGGUUCCAGCUCAGGUUCCUCAAGUGGUUCCAGUUCAUCUGGCUCCAGCCGCUCUGGGUCUUCUAGUUCUCGUUCCUCCUCCUCUUCGUCCUCCUCUGGCUCCCCCAGCCCGAGCCGUAGACGUCAUGACAACCGUCGCCGCUCCCGCUCAGCGUCUAAAACACAGAAGAGAGGAGAUGAUAAGGAGCGAAGGAAAAGAAGCCCAAGCCCCAAACCAACUAAGGUUCAUUUAGGGCGGCUGACAAGGAAUGUCACCAAGGAACACAUUCAGGAGAUAUUUUCCACUUAUGGGAAAAUCAAAAUGGUUGACUUGCCAAUGGACAGACUCCACCCUCACCUGUCGAGGGGUUAUGCUUAUGUGGAGUUUGAGACUCCCGAAGAAGCCCAAAAGGCGCUCAAACACAUGGAUGGAGGUCAGAUUGAUGGGCAGGAAAUUACAGCAGCGGCUGUGUUGACUCAGCGUGUCCGUCCACCACCUCGUAGACCCUCUCCCCCUCGCAGGAUGCCCCCCCCACCACCUAUGUGGCGUCGCAGCCCACCACGCAUGAGGAGGAGGUCCCGCUCCCCAAGGAGACGUUCCCCAGCACGCCGCCGCUCUCGUUCCAGGUCUCCUGGUCGCAGGCGUCACCGCUCUCGUUCCAGCUCCAACUCUUCCAGAUAGACGGGUUUCUGGUUUCUCAAUUCCAAGUGAUGUCUUAGAUUCUGUCACCAAAUCAGCUGGAUUUAUCUACUUUCCCAGACCUUAUGGACUUCCCUGGAAAUACAAUUCUCUGCUCUGUAGCCAACAUAAACAUCUGCCUGCUCGUAGACAGUGGAUGUGUUUUUCUUUUUUGUGAAAAUGUGAGGGUUUUGUUUUUUACAGUUUAUGUUAAGUUGAUCCUCAAAAGUGGGAUCAGUGUGUUUUAUGUUAAUUCAAGCUGAGUUUGGCCAGCACUGAGAUCUGUCAAUAUUUAGCAGCAGUUGUGACUUUUUACCAUGUACUGAUAUUUUAGACAUUUUGAAAAUAAAAGUACUGAAACAUGGUG